GAGCUUUGUUCCUUAUCUCGUUGUAAGUGAUCUAGCCAAGCCUAAUCGCACCCGCCUUUACUAUAAGACUGUGUAGCUCGUAGAUACGCCCAUUUCACUUCAGCAAAUAAACACUUGUUUUUCUUCCCUUUCCGUCUGCACAGCAGGAGAAGGUUUAGGAUGGCGGAAGUCUCUCAGAUGAUUGACAGUGAUGUCUUCUUAGCGUUUUCCACGUACACCACGAUCGUGGUUCUGAAGAUGCUGCUGAUGGGACCCAUGACGGGGUACUACAGGAUGACAAGGAAGGCGUUUUCGAACCCGGAAGACAUGGCUAUACAUGGAAGAAAUGAAGAAGACAAGAAGAAAUUCCUCCGGACUGAUCCGGACGUGGAGCGUGUCAGAAGGUGCCACCAGAAUGACCUGGAGAACAUUGUGCCCUUUGUGGUGAUCGGUCUGCUGUAUGCACUGAGCGGCCCCGCCCUGUCCACGGCGCUGCUGCACUUCCGAGUAUUCGUGGGCUCCAGGUUCCUUCACACCGUGGCCUACCUGCUGCCCCUGCCCCAGCCCUGCAGGGGUGUGAGCUGGAUAGUGGGCCUGCUGAGCACCUUCUCUAUGGGGUACCGGCUCCUGAGCACCAGCCUGGUCAUCUAGAGAGACAGCCUGGCCCUGGCUCACACAGCAGGCUCUGGUCUGUACAGAAGAAGUGCUUAUCUCCUUUCUUUAAUAGGUGAUUUGAAAUGGUACCAGCGUCAGGGUUUGGGUUAGAGGUAUUUUCUUUUUUUUUUUUUUUUUUACUUUAAUAUAGCACAAGUUACCUGUUUUCCCCUUAUACAAGUUUACCAUGGUAUUUCUGCACCAUGUUUAUUAAGAUGCUUUACCAUACCACACUGUUCUUUACAUUGCUUUCCUGUGCUUUACCAUGCUUUCACUCUAUUACACUUUGCUAUGCUUCUACUAUGGUAAACUUUUGUAAGGGUCUAGCUAAUUCAAAAUGAAAGCAUAUCCAUUGCUAUUAGGUAAGAGAAUGCUGUUUGAAGCCUUGGCUGGCGUAGCUUUCAACAUCAUUGUUUGUCACUUCUAUGACACUGCAGUCCAUUGGGUCUAAACCCUUCUCUUUCAGUUCUAAAUCGCUGGCUGUCAUGAUGAAUGUGCCUGAGGCUACCUCACAGAGCGACUCUCUCUAUUGAAAUGUGAAAGCAGGCAAGCACAGAACGUGGAGAGAUGUCUUUUUAUGAGGGGUUUUGUGUUUUUUUUUAAAUUUUUUAUGCCAUUCUAACCUGAAAUCUUUUGUAAAACCAAAUGAAAUAAAAUACCUUCUUAAAUUUUCCCACUCA